AUGUUCCCGCAGCCGCGGCGGGGCCGGCGGCGGCGGCGACAGAGGAGGGAGCGUCGGCCUCCGCAGCCGCGGGCGGAGGUCCCAGCGGAGGUGGUACCGGCAGCGGGGGCGGAGGAGCCCGCUCGAGGGACCCCGGCAGGGGCGGAGGAGCCUCCCUCGGCGGUUGCGACAGAGGGCGAGGUAGCCGCGGGGAUACCUGUUCCGCCGCUUGCGUCGGAGGCGGCGCCGCCAUCGGGCGACCUCGCGGCGGCCCUAGCGGCAACGGGUGUGCAGGCACCGGGGCCGUCGGUGGACCCGGCAGCUUCCGGGGCGGUGGAGCCUGCCUCGAUGGCGGCGCCAGGAUCGGCUCCCGCCUUGGCCUCGGCUGCCACCGUUCCCAGGGCGUGGAGAGGGUCUGUCCUUCGUUGGGCGUCCCGUGAGGACCCACCGAGGCACCUCUUCACCCUGGAUGAUGCCACGGAGUGGCACAAGUGGCAGGCGGUGCAGGGUGGCCUCGCCCACGCCCGCGCGGCUCUGUCCUCGGCAAUGGGGGCUUUGGACAACGUCGUCCUCCCUGGUAGCUAG